GCCCCGUGCCCCGGUGUGCGCGCAGGCUCCGGCCUGGACGGCGAUCCUGCCGCUUCUGCGCCGGUCGCUCCCGGCCUCCGAUCCGGGGCGCGGGGCGCGAGCCGCCCGGUGAGAUAAGCGGCCAUGUGACCGCACCUGGCGCGCGGGGCGGGGCCGCAGGUGAGGCGGCCGCGGCGGGCGCGCGGGCGCGGAGCACUGCGCGCGGAGCACUGCGCACGCAACGCCCUGGCCGGGGUCUCAGCAGCAUGUCGGUCAGCAGGAAGGACUGGUCAGCGCUGUCCAGCCUGGCCCGGCAGCGGACGCUGGAAGAUGAGGAGGAGCAGGAGCGGGAACGCAGGCGGCGGCACCGCAACUUGAGUUCUACCACGGAGGAUGAAUCUCCUGGGCUCACCCAGAAUGGAGACCGGCGGGCUGCGGAGAGGCUACCCAGUGUAGAGGAAGCAGAGCUGCCCAAGCCGGUGCCUCCAGCCUUCCCAGAAGAGGUGGAGGACAUCCAGACCAUCCUGAGGACGCGGCAGGAGCGGAGGCAGAGGCGGCAGGCCGUGGAGGCCGCGCAGGCCCCCAUUCAGGAGAGGCCCGAGGCCGAGGAGGGGCAGGACAGGGCGGGCCCCGAGCAGCCGCCGCCGCCGCAGCCCCUCGUGCCCAAGAGGGGCGCCGAGCCCUUGCCUCGCCGGAGGCUGAGCCGGGAGCGCCGGGGCCCCUGGGCCCGGGAGGGGGAGGAGAGUGCGGAAAGCCAGGAGCCAGGAGCCGGGAAGAAGGGGCUUUUGGAGAAGAGCUCAGGCUCUGAGAGCUCCCCGGUUCCAGAGAAGUCAGCCUCGCCAGCCGCGAGACCGGCCGCAGAGAAGGGAGUGGCCCCGGAGGAAGUGUCCCCAGCCGACGGGACAGCAGCCUUGGAGAAGAGAGGUGGCCGGGAGAAGCUGGUUCCAGGAAAAGCAAGUGUCUCAGAGAAGUCAUUGGUCUCGGGGAAGACAUCCGUGUCCCAGAAGAUCGAAGCGUCCGAGAAGAAAUCCAGCCUGGAGAAGAAGCCCUCUGCAGAACGAGCCAGUGCCUCCGAGAAGACGCCGGAGAGGAGGCUGGUGUCUGAGAAAGCGUCCAUCUUCGAGAAGGGGCCGGUCUCAGAGACAAAGGCAGCCCCCAAGAGGGCGGUCAUCACAGAACAGCCCCAGCCUCCCCCGAGAAGCCAGGCGGCCACCAAGGAGCCCAGAGGCAGGGCUGUCCCUGGGCAGAGCCCAGCGUCCUCUGCAAAGCCAGACCCUCCGGCCGCGGCCUCCCGCCUCCCCCCCAUCACACUCCAGGUGAAGAUCCCCAGCAAGGAGGACGAGGCAGACCCAUCUUCACCCACCCAGCUCACCUACAGCAGCUCCCUCAGGCGCUCCAGCCCCAGGACCAUCUCCUUUCGGAUGAGCCCUAGGAAGGACAGCUCGGAAGCAGCCUUGACUCGCAGUGCCAGCGUGAGGCUACCAGCCAGCACGGUGAAGCUAGGCGAGAAGCUGGAGCGAUACCACACAGCCAUACAGAGAUCAGAGUCUGUCCGGUCGCCAGGUUCCUCCCGCACAGAGGUCUUUGUGACUCCUGUGGGCGUAGCCAGCAAGCGCCACAUCUUUGAGAAGGAGAUAGCAGGGGGCCAGAGCCGGGCAGAGCCAGCCUCCAGCCGGAAGGAGAACUUGAGGCUGUCUGGGGUUGUGACAUCGAGGCUCAACCUGUGGAUCAGCAGGACCCAGGAGUCAGGCGAGCAGGACCCCCAGGAGGUACGGAAAGAAUUGGCAGCGACGAAGAGGUCUCAGUGGGGGAAGAAGUCCGAUUCCUCCUUGGAUGCUGAGGUGUGACAAGCCUGCAAGGCAGACAGAACGCCCGGGCCCCGGCUUGGGCGCUGGGCCCCUGCCUCUGGAAGCAGCACCCUCGGCUCUCACUUUUCCAUCUGCCUCCGGACCGCUCUGACCAUGUGCGGCUCCUGAGAACCAGGACUAUGAGUGGCCGCUCGUCCGCCUCCUUUCUGGCCUUGGCACCUCCCUGUCCGGUUGCAGGCACAGCAGGCCCUGGACCCACUGGCAGCCGGGACCUGGCACUGAGCCACAGGAGUCUUGGUGGCCUACUCAAAGAUGACUCCUUCUGGGUCAGGGCGGGGCCGUCUCUCAAGGACUCCAAGGUCAUCUGUCUCGUCCGCUCUUGGGUGGUAUGCCAUGUGCCUGCGAUGUCACCUCACUGAAAACUGGAUCCGGUCACCUUGGUCCCUGAGACCUGGUUCUAGCCUGCCAAGGCCCUCAGACCAGAACGGGAAGGAAUUGCCAGGCCUGGUCCAUUGCUCUGUCUCCCUGCUUUGUGUCCCCUUCCUUCCCUGGCUUGCGGUGUUGCUGUCCCGUCCGGGAUCCCAGUGCCUCCUCACACUCAGAAAAAUCCUGUUCUCAGGAAGAAUCUGAUAAACCAA